UAUCAGUUUGUUUGAUUAUGAAUUUAUGAUCAUUUUGAUAUGAAUUAGUGAGCAAUUAAUUAAUUAAUUAAGAAAAAAAUAAUUUAAUACUGAUUUUAGUAAUUGAAUUCCUUUGAUAUUUGUUUGUUUGGUUGGAUAGAAUGAAUGAUAUAUAUUGAUUGAGGAUAAGCAAAAACAGACAGAUUAAUUUUGUGGAAAUUUUGAGAUAAUCAUGGCGGUUAAUCCACAUACGGAACCUGCGAAAAUGGAACAGAUAAUAACCGAAUUCUUUGCUAAAAGUUUGCAUAUAGUACUUGAAUCUAGGUGUCCUUUCGUGUCGUCGCGUAACUAUAGUGGUGAGCAGAUAUUGCUUUCACCUUCGUCGUCUGGUUCGUCGUCUUCUAGUAUGAGACCUAGGGAUAAGUGGUUUAACUUAGCUCUUAGGGACUGCCCUGCCGCGUUAGAAAAUAUUGAUUUUUGGAGACAGAGUAAUCUUGAGCCCAUGGUGGUGGACGUUGUUUUGGUUCAGAGGCCUGUUAAUUGGGAUUAUGGUAUUAGUUCGCCGAGAGUAGGGUUUGAAAGGAAAGAGAGGUAUCCGUUUGGUUGGAAAUCGGAUUCUGAUGAGUUUGGGUGUGAUGGGUGUAGUGAGAAGGUUAUCGAGAGGUGGGUUGUGCGUUACGAGAGUAAGAAAGGUUGUAAGGAAGGUGGAACGGGGAGUAAGAGGUCUAGCUCUACAAGCUCACAUGCGUUGUACAAGAAAUCAAUUUUGCUUUUGAGAUCAUUGUAUGUUACUGUUAGGCUUUUACCUGCUUAUAAGAUUUUCCGUGAGAUAAAUUCGUCUGGGCAGAUUCGAACGUUUAAUUUAAUUCAUAGGGUGUCUUCUUCUGUUGAGCCUCUGCUUCGUAGAGACGAGGCUGAAAUGCAGCCGUUUAUGUUCACCCCGGUGGACACUUCUUGUGGGAAACUUUGUAUUUCGUUAUUGUAUCUUCCUUCGAUUUCUGAUACCAUUUCAGAGUCAUCUACCCCGAUGUCCCCACAGUUCAUACCAGAUUAUGUGGGCAGUCCAUUGGCAGAUCCAUUAAAAAGGCUACCAUCAGUUCCGGUGCCACAAUAUUCACCAUCAUCUUCUCCAUUUGGAAGACGUCAUAGCUGGAGUUAUGAUACUUUUAGGGCAUCUCCACCUUCGGCAUUGCCAUCACCUUCACCCACGUAUUCCGAGUCACGAACUUUGCACUCUAAAUUUGGCCAUCGACCACCUACGAGCUCACGUUACUCUUCGUUAGAAGCAGCUCAAGUUCCUACCAAGGAUAUGGGAUAUGACGAGUACUUUCCAUCGCCUAACUUUUCACCAUCUCAAUCUCCAUCGCCACCUAUGUGUCUUCAGGGAAGUAAUAUGUUGAAGGUUCUCUUACGGUCUGAUAGUGCUCCUGUUUACAUACCCACUUCUAGGCUUGGGGAUGCACCUUUAUCCCAUAAGCCGGUUUUGCCACCCUUUUCUCCUCCUCUCAAAGCUACUAGACCUAGUCUUUCUUUAGUGGAGAAAAGCUCGGGUAUGCACCAGGGUGCCAUAGCUACUGGCAAGUUGUUAUCUCUGCGGGAAGAAGAGAUCGCAAGGCCAUCGUCUGUGAAGAUUUCAUCUAACAGCUCUCCACACAAAUCUUUUUCCAGAAGCUUUAGUAGGUUAUCAUUUGAAGAUAGUUAUGAUGACUCUGAGUUUUCAGGUCCCUUUGUGGUGGAUGAUGAUGAAAUGAUGGAUCACAGUAGCAGGCCUGGUUCAUCUGAUCGAUCAGGAAAUCUUGGCACACCGCAUGACCGAUCAGGGCCAUUCACACCAAGAAAGUCACAAGAUGCUGCAGUUGGUGCUCUUGUUCAGAUGCUGAAAAAAGCACCGCCUCUUAGACAAGAUUUACAUCGAUCACAGAACGUUUGUAAACCCUCAAGGCCUGAGAAUUCGUCCAGUCAGAUCAAAGACCAGCCUGUUGUUGAAGUUGCUCCUUCAAAUAUGAUAUCUUCUAGGGUUUCUGGCAUCAAGACCACAUCUGAUGCAUUAGAGGAGCUGAAAGUGUAUAUGGACAUGAAACAACUUCUGUUAAGGCAAUCAGAUAUUUAAAAGGGAAUAUGGUUUGGAAAUAUGGGUAUACCGUUUUGCAGAUCUAUCAAAUGAAAAGUGCACCCAGUUCUUGGAAUAAGACUAUGAGCUAUCCAAUAUAUUUUCGAUGUAAUUUGAUAUGGCCUUUUUACAACAUUGUAGCAACUCUUUCUCCCAAAAUAGUCUUAAAAGUAGCUUUACAAAUUUUCUUGUUAAUCUAUUUUGGCAUUUCGGAUGUAUGCUCUAAAGUUUUGCGUUGAAUUAAAUACAUCUCCAAUGUAUUAUACAUUUAUAAUUAUACCAAAUUGU